AGAAAACAGCUAUUAUUAUUUGAGCCUAAAGUCUGUUAUUAGCUCAAAAGAUAGACACCAUCUUCUUACUUCUGGGGUUGGUUUUUUGGACCACGCCAUUGCUUUUCUGUUCAAAACUCGAAAUCCUCUCAACUAUCAAGUUAAGGCAUGCAAGCAAAGCAAAAGCGAAAAAUAUCCCCCAAUUUCAAGUCUCCUAAACUUUCUCUAUUUUUUUUUUUUUUUGCUGACUUUAGAGAGUUAAUACUGUACUUUGCAAGUAUUUUAGCAGAGCGUCCUUCCAAUUUUCUGGGGUGCCUCAUAAGUCGGAGCUAAGAUCUAAUUGCAGAGAGGAAUUGGAGAUGGGCUCUCUGGCAGUUGCUCCCUUUCUUCCUUUAAAGCUAAGACCCUCUAUAUUUGAUCAAAACAGCUCUCUCUUUCCUUCAAAGAAAAAACUCAAGAGGAAGAACCAAUCUAUCAGUCCUGUGGCAAGGUUAUUUGGGCCAUCUAUUUUUGAGGCAUCAAAACUGAAGGUGUUGUUUUUAGGGGUUGAUGAGAAGAAACAUCCAGGGAAUCUGCCAAGGACUUAUACACUAACACAUAGUGAUAUUACAGCUAAACUUACUUUAGCCAUCUCACAAACCAUCAACAAUUCUCAGUUGCAGGGAUGGUCCAACAAAUUGUACAGAGAUGAAGUGGUGGCAGAGUGGAAGAAAGUAAAGGGAAAGAUGUCUCUCCAUGUUCACUGCCAUAUAAGUGGAGGCCAUUUUCUCCUAGAUUUAUGUUGUAGACUUAGAUAUUUCAUCUUCCGCAAAGAACUUCCUGUGGUAUUGAAGGCCUUCUUUCAUGGAGAUGGGAAUUUGUUUAGCAGCUAUCCUGAAUUGCAGGAGGCUUUAGUUUGGGUUUACUUUCAUUCCAACAUUCCAGAAUUCAACAAGGUAGAGUGCUGGGGUCCACUCAAGGAUGCCGCAGCACCUUGUACUGCUGAAUCUGGCGGGCCCACUGAGAACAAGGAGCAAGCAAGCAACUGGAACUUGCCUGAGCCAUGCCAAGAGAACUGUAAGUGUUGCUUUCCACCAAUGAGCUUGAUCCCAUGGUCCGAAAUGGUUCCCCAAGAGAACAAGAAUAAUCCAAGCACCCAGCAGAGCUUUCAACAAGCUCAACAACCCUAAGGAUCUACCUAUUUGGACUUUGUUUUAUGUAAAAUUGUAAAUAUUACCCAAUCUACUAAGACUUUGAGCAAUGGGGUUGAGACACUUGUCUUUUGUUCUUUGCAUCCCAGAAUCCCUAGUUAUACGUGCGAGCACGUUCUAAUAUAGAUGAACUUGCCAUUGUUGUAAGACACGGCGACCGUGUUGCGACUUGCGAGUCGUUUAUCCAAAAAAAGAAAGAAAGGUGUUAUGCGUCA